AUUAUUGAAUCAUGUGUGCAGUGUACAUUGCACACGAAAGUCGAUGCAUCGAAAAAAAUAUAUCGAUAUAUCGAUGUAUAUCGGAAGGUACAAAACAUCCGUUUUAUUCGAUACAUUGAAUAGCGAACAGAUGUUUUUUUUGCAUCCCUAGUUUGUUAGCACCUGCCGCCAUAACGAUAUUUUUGGUGUUUGCAUUAUAAUAUAGUUUUGUCAAGUAACAAUAAUAAUAAACACGAAAUCCUGCAUGGAAUCUAAACAAAUAAAUACUUAAAUGAACUCAACUUAAGUAAUACGUCUGCGAAAAUGCAAUGCCGCGCUUGUAUGCAAAAAAACUAUGAUGGAUUUGUGGAAAUGAGUUACGCCGUAUCAGCAGACGGCAAAACCUUGUACGAUUACUUUAAUGAAUGUACCCAGCUUCAAGCGACAAAUACAGACAAUCUUCCGAAAUUGCUAUGUCUAGCGUGUACUCAAAGUUUGCGCGCGGCCUACAAUUUUAGGCAAGGCGCUCGCCGUUCAGAUGAGGAACUAAGGAAUAUUUUGGAAGGUGCAGUAAGUUUGGAUGAUACUUAUACAAAGCAAUCGCAACAUUUUGGCGAUUAUUUGAACCAGUCUAUAUAUGAAAUUGAGGAAGUAAAUUUACCCUUACAAGAUAUAAAGACCGAACUUACAAUAGAGAUAAUUAACGAAUUAGACGCGGGACAGUUAUCAAAUGUAGAUUCUGAUGAAUCGAUACCAUAUGAAAGUGAAAAUGGAAAUGAUGAGUUUAGUAGGGCGACCCAUAUCUGUGAAUUCUGUGAAUGUAGUUAUACCACGCAAAAUAAACUAAAAGAUCACAUUUUAAACCUCCACAAGGAUGAAAUUACUUGUACCACGUGUCAGCAGAUGUUCGAAAUGCCAAGAGAACUGAAAUUGCACAAGGAGCUCGUUCACAUGACUGAAUCGCCUGUGGCCUGUCCAUGGUGUAGAGCUCCUAAAUUUAUCCCAAAAGAGAAAUUAACAAAGCACAUGCAAACAAGACACAAAAGGUCUUUCUUGAAAUAUUUUCCACGUAUCAAUGUUUGUAGUCCAGAUACUGAUGAGCUUUUUCAGUGUGAACGUUUUCAAGAGUUCUUGCAGAUUGAGUUAGCAGAUAACAUUCAGGAGCACACAUUCGAAUGUGUCAUAUGUUCUAAGAGUUUCAAAGAACAUAGUGCUUACAAAACCCACAUAAAAAGCAUACAUAAUAGUUCCAUUUGUAGUAAGGAAGAUAUCCCUUCGAAAGAUGAUGGGAAAUUGAAGAACGCACUAGAGUGUUCCGUAUGCUUAAGAAAAUUCAAACUUGAAAGGACAUUUGAAUUGCAUAUGAGAACUAAGCACAAGCCAGAUUCUGUGAAGAAAAAUAACCCUUCUGCAAGAGCAAAGAGAGACUAUGCGCGAAGUCGCAGAAAACGGAAAGAAGUAUCACCAAAUAAAAAAGCAUCACGCGAAAGUAGACAUGCUCAAAUGAUGACAGAGGGGAAAAAGUAUCUGUGCUCUAUCUGCC